ACAAACUGUGUUGGCAGAUUUAUGACCAACAUCCUGAUCAGGAGUUAGUGCUGCGGAGGCUGGGAAUCCGACUGCUAUGGAGGAAGAUCUAAAGUAUCUAGAGCCUGAUUUGAAUUUAUCACUGCUCUUUACUUCACAAUUGUACUUUAACUGGUGCACAUUGAUGAGGCACAAAAAUGGACUGGCACUAAACGGUACACAAUUGUCUCUCAAAAGGGCACUUCCCCAGCAACAAGCAUUUCUACCCUUUAAGUACACACCCGAACUUCUAUUUCUGAGUGUGAUAUAGGGACAUGUAGACAACAGCUCAUGAAAAAUGUUGCUUGACUGGUUCGCUUUGUCGGAAGUUACCCGCACAAAGAAGCUAUUAGCCAGCUGGAACAGUGAGGUCUUACCGUGUUAAGAUUGUUUUACUAGUUAAAAACGGCUGAAUUCUGGAAUUAAGUGGUUUCAACGAUGAAAGCAGUACAAAUAUAUUUGUGGUUACACAUUAUUUUGACAGCCAGUGUCCCAGUAAACACAUUUAAUCCAUUCGGGAAAAUGUUUGACGGUGUCAAAAAUCUGUGGCAGAAGAUCUACAAUCCAGAUGAAAGUUGUGAUUCGAAAUGGAUUUCCUUUAAUGAAACAGGUCUCCAGGUUGACCUGGAAAGCAAACUGUUCGGACAGCACAUUGCCUCACGCGUCAUCCUGAAAGCUGUGAAUGGAUUCAUGAGCAACGACAACCCGAAGAAGCCCCUGGUGCUCUCUCUGCAUGGACGGACCGGCACAGGGAAGAACUUUGUUAGUAACCUGAUUGCUGAAAACAUUUACAAGGAGGGAAUGGACAGCAGCUUUGUUCAUGUUUUCACAGCUGAACUUCACUUCCAGCACAAAAGGAAAUUUGAGAUCUAUAAGGCUCAGUUACAGCAGUGGAUCAAAGGCAAUGUCACCAACUGUGCACGCUCCAUGUUCAUCUUUGAUGAGAUGGACAAGAUGCAUCCUGGCUUGAUUGACAGCAUUAAGCCGUACCUGGACUACUACCACAAGCUGGAUGGAGUUUCUUAUCGGAAAGCCAUCUUCAUCUUCAUCAGCAAUGCUGAAGGGGACAUCAUUACACAGACAGCUUUAGAUUUCUGGAAUGAAGGACGAGCUCGAGAAGAGAUCGAGCUAAAAGACCUGGAAACAUUGCUCUCUGUAUCAGCAUUUAACAACAACAGUGGCUUGCAGCAUUCACGUUUGAUUACCAAGCACCUGGUGAACUUCUUCAUCCCGUUUCUGCCUCUGGAGGACCGGCACGUUGUCCAGUGUGUGUUGGCCGAGAUGAAAGCUAGAAGACUUCAGCCAGACCAGAACGUGGCAGACCAGGUGGCCAGAGAUUUAGUCUAUUUCCCCAAAUCUGAAAGAGUGUUCUCUGUCAGAGGCUGCAAGACAAUACAAAGCAAAUUGGACAUCUACAUAUAAUGUCAGCAUCUGAUGGAUGUAUAAGAUUAUUAUGUGCACUUUUUAACAAAGGAAAACACACUCAGCCAAAUGACUGAGGAGAGGAAGUUAAGCUAAAUAUUAUAAACAAAUAUAUAUAUAUCAUCAUCCCAGCAUUGGUAAACUGGAAUAAGUCUCCCUUUAAAUGUACAACCUACAUUGCCUUUAAACUUUCUGGUCCCACUCCCUUGGUCACUGCCAUACUCUACCGCCCCCCAAAGCCAAACCCCUCCUAUCUUUCUGACUCCUCAGAUUUUCUGACCCAGCUUUGUGCCAUCUCACCCUCCAUUCUCCUCCUGGCUGAUUCCAAUAUUGACAUCUCCAUUGUCAUUAUAACUCUUUGUGCAAAUAUUGUACUUUAAUAGUUAAUACUUUAAUUCACUGUAAAAGAAGUUGAAUUCUAAAGAUGAAUGUGUGCUAGUUGGUCUCUGCAGCUUUCAGAUAUUACCGAUUUCUCGUUUUACCUUAACAAUAAUGACCAACUCGUCUGUAACUGUGAAGCAUUCAUUAUGGAGCCCUGCAACUAACAAAAUGUAGUUAAAGUCUCAGACAAGUCAAAAAUAUGUGUAACAAGUGUUUGUUAGUACUGUGUAAUAGAUUUGUAAUAGCUGUUUGAGGAUGAAUGCUGUAGGCUAAUUGAUCAGAAAGACUAGGAACGGCUGCUGGAGGGCAGGGGUCAGUAAAUAAUAACAAUUGACAGAAUAGUUGAAUUAAGGAAAAGUGUAUUGUACAAAAAAGUGAAUAUAAACAGAACCCAAUAUAUACAUAAACCACUGCAGCAGAAAUAAAUCAAAAAUCAACUUCAAUCAAUUUUAAAUUAAAUCAAAUGUCCAAGAUAUUGUUCAUUGAGGCAGGAAGGAAACAAUAAAAUUCAAUGUCUGUUCUCCCAACUAAGGAUGAAGAACACCGAGGCUGCGCACCGCGUUUGACUCCAUAUGUUUGUUAUUGAGUGAUUUGAAAUGUCCGUUAGCGCGAUUGUCCGGGGGGUUGAAUAUUACAGCGGUUGCGUAGCUCGAGGAGGUGGGAGAGUAAAAGGACAGGCUGUACAGCCUCCUACCAGACCGAAGAGUGUUGGAUGGAUAACAGGAAUGUUGUGUGCUCCAGAGCCUAGCUCGCCAUCGAAUAUACCCUGAAUGGGCACCUGGCCAGUUCAGUAAGAAACGUUUUGCCCAGCACACACAACAACGCCCAAUCACCGGAUGAUGAUGAUGAUGAUGAUGGUUUCUACAGCUGCUGUCCUCUAGCUUCUCUCCCACACAACUGAGCUGAGAGAAGUCAGGACAGCUUUUAUACUGAGGCAGAGGGCUGUGAUUGGCUAAUUGAAACAAAGGGGGUGUGUCUUAUGGCAAGGGAAAGAAAGGGUGGAAAACAUGGACUGGCAACUACAUGGAAUGGCACUACAUUAAAUACAGAGGGUUGGAAGGGAGGAAAUGGAAAACCUGGACUGGAACCUGGAUUGGAUUAUUUUUGGAUGGAUGGAUUUUUACCCUGGGCUACAUAUGACUGGAGAAAUCAUCAGUAAAUAAUACUGAAAUAAUUAAAUUAAUGUAAAUCAGUUAGCAAAAAGCUUUUUCCUCCCUUUACCACCAAUCAGUUUGUACAAUACAUUAAAACUCAAUUUAUUUUACUUUCUAUUUAUCUUUAUCUAUUUUGUCGUGGUACACAUUUAAUCAUUUAUUUAUUUCAUAUGUUCCAGUUCUCCUCACCACAUUUCCUGUUUUUCUAAUGCUUGUAUGCAAAUAAGAUGGGUGUGUCCAUGUAUGUCCAGGGCAGGGACUGGUCCAAGGUUUGUUUGUAAAAGGUGGUGUAGUAACUGAGUCUCUAAGAAUAAUACAUUUGUUGGUUACUGUGUGAUUAAAUCUUCAUCAAUAUAUGUUCCUUGGAUCCAA